GAAAUUUCUUGAUGUCGGUCAAUGUUUUGAUUUUGGAAGCAGCCAGAAGUUUUACAAAAAAUCAUUUUAAAGCAUAACAAUUGCUGCGACUAUUAGAAUUUCAUAAAAGUUUCUUCACGAUCAUUAAGAUCUGAUACUCUAAAUAUUUCUCCAGUGUAAUUGAGGGGCUAUUGAAGCCCAGCGAUAAUGGCAAAUCAAUAUCAAAUGAUGGAGGCCGAGAUGAGCAGGUUCGAGGCUGAAAUCGGAGCGAGGCCAGCGUCGAUUUCAAAGCCUCCGCAUCGGCCGUCACAUCCGCCAGCUUUGGGAGCAGUUCCGCCGCCUCCGAUGCCUCGAAUGUUGAUACCACAUCAGGUCCAUAAAACCUCUACGGUCCAAAAGCCACCAGUUUUCCGGCCGAGUUCUGUACCUGCCGCUUCAAGCAGCGCCCAAGCAAUCUUAUCGGCAACGCCAAAAAUCUACAAGCCGCCUACCGUUACUCCACCUCCACCCUCUGUGCAGGUCAUGCCUCCAGCCUUGAAGAAACCGGCACCCUUGCCUAUGGACAUCAAAGGCCUCCCACAAGCAAAAAGGGCUCGUAAGGUAGACAUCAUGAAGAAGAACAAGGACGACAUGCUGCCAGCAAACGUUGGUCCUUCGAUCGACUUGGCCGAAAUUGGAUAUAAGAAGGCGAGAGAAAAGAGACAGGAGAAAAUUGAGAAGGCUGGUGGAAAGCGAAUCAUUCGUCAAGCUGGCGGACAAGUUUGGGAGGACACAUCUCUGCUCGACUGGCCAGAUGAUGACUUCCGUAUUUUCUGCGGGGAUCUUGGUAAUGACGUGACCGACGAAGUCCUUACUAGGGCUUUUAACAAGUAUCCCUCAUUCCAAAGAGCUAGAGUGAUUCGUGACAAGAGAUCAAACAAAACUAAAGGAUUUGGAUUUGUCAGCUACAAAGAUCCACAAGACUUCAUCAGGGCCAUGAAGGAAAUGAAUGGUCGCUAUGUUGGAAGUCGUCCCAUCAAGCUGCGGAAAAGCUGCUGGAAGACGCGCAACUUGGAGGUUGUGCGCAAGAAGGACAAGGAAAAGACCGCCCUGAUUGGCAUGCUGACUGGACGCUAAUUGAGGAUUAAGAAGACAUCGCGAGUAUUAUGUCCUUUUUGAAAACGAAAAAAGCGCGCGUGUCAAAGAGGAAAUUGCUUUUCACUUCGACCUUUUGAUUUGACGACUUACCUAACUGAUUUUUUUGCAAGACACAAAUGGAUGACUGUCAGCAAGCGUUCCCUACUGCGCUUUAAUUCCUGUCAACUGCUCCCAAAAUAAACUAUCUUGGCCGCUAGAACUCUAGCGUUUAUGUCAAGAGUUCCUCUAACAAGCAGCGGCCGCUUUUUUUGCCUUCUUUAAAUCAUUUUUUACUUAAAUGGAACCUACCAACCUUUGUGAAAUUGGGAAACUUUUGAUGAACCCAUAUCAUAGACGAAACUUGACCUCCCUCACAAUAAAAAAACAAUAUUAUUGAUUGAUUUGAAUAAUGAUAAAACAUAAAAAAAUCGUUACAAAUUGAGGCAGAAGAAAUGUAAAAUUUCAC